UGACUAUCUUUGUGAACCAGCACAUGCCACCAGGAUACAUUUUUUUAUAAAAAUUAGAAAGCACAGGCUGUUCAUUAUCUCAUAGUGAAGUAGUUUACCCUCAGAGGUAUCCUGGAUAUUUUGGAAUAUCUCUAUUUUGGAUUUCUCUUAAACCUAUCUUUCCGACUCUCAAAAUUGAAAAUUUUUGGUAAUGUCCAAAUGAGUUGACAGAAGCCCUCAAUAAUGAAAAUUCAUCUAUACCUGAGUUUAAUAAUGAAAUCUUUCAAGGGAACCUCAUGUUGAAAUCCUUUCACCAACACAGAAACCUCCUAUAUCCAGGAAGAGAAUUUCAAAAGAUCAGUUUCAGUUGCCCAUAAUUAUUCAGGAUGAUAUCAAAAAAUUGGAAAUAGAGCAGAAUUCCCACUGUCUUACUUCAUUCUGAAACCUUGGCAAACAAUUCAGAAAGAGCCAUAAAAGGCGGAAAAGAAGACUCUUUCAUAAGGGUAAAAAUAUCAAGCAGUUUAUAGAAACAAAUGCGGUCCCAAAUUGGGAGAAAUAUUUAAGCUUUUCUCUUGAAGAGAAUGGAGCCUUGGAAUUUUUAAUAAACAACAAUUAUUUGCCUGAGUUAAAUGUUUCAAAGAUAUCAAAAAGUUGUACAGGCUUAUGUUCAAGGUUCGCUGUCACUGCUACGAUAAGAGAAAUGACAAUAAUAAUGACUCUAUUUUUAACUCCUUUCUAGGAGAAUUAGGGAUGGAUUUCUCAGAAUAUAACCCAGAAAAUGUUUUUGAGUUUUUAAACCCAGUACUUAAUAAAUUAUGAAAGACACAAAAUGCUAAACGUUAGACAAGGAGGAUAGAUAUUUUAUUAUAAUGUUAGAAAAAGAAUCAAAAGAAAAUAUUUCAAAAUUCAUCAAUAAUGGACUUUCCCGACAACUGAUAAAAUUCUUCUUAGUCAACUUCGCAAGAGACUGUGUUAAAAAGAUGCCAAACAAUUUCAAGGGGAAGGUUUCAGAUGUGAUUUCUAAUUUAGUAAGUGGUUGCUCCAUGAACUUACCUUUAUCUUAAUAAGUUCUCCAGUAUAACUCUCUCUUAACCUGUUACUAACUAAAAAGAGCCCCAGAUCUUUCACUAUAACUAAAAGUUACAAGUGCGUUCUCUUAAUACAGAGUUUAUUUAAAAUACUUCCACAAAAUAUUUUAAAAACAAAUUCAAAACUUAAGCCUUAUCAUGGAUCUCUAAAGUGCUUGUUCUUCAACGGAUAAACGAAAAAUUUUCUAAAUUCCUACAGAUUUUCAUAAUUUUUAGCAAUUUGGGUUUCAAAACAUUAAGAAAUUAUGUUUGAGGUCGUCUCAUUUUUUAUGUUUC